GUCAGAGGUCAUUAUCUGCGCAAUGUCGCCAAGGUUGUAAACAAAAGUACAUUGAUAUAUAAAGUCCACACCAGUUAAUCAUCACACACCUGACCUUCAUGAGUUUGCUUUCUUCACGGCGCCUUCACUCCAAUUGACUCCACAACUGAUACAAAAUGGCGACCAGAGAGACGAACUACCUCCACUGGCUGGAUUAUCUCGUGAUGACUGCACUGCUGACUGUUUCCCUUGGCAUCGGAGUCUUCUUUGCAUUGUACAAAGGCGGGCAGAAGACGAAGGUGGAGUAUCUCCUAGGCAACCGGCAGAUGUCAAUGAUUCCAGUCUGCCUGUCCAUGUUUGUCACCUUCCAGUCAGCCAUCUCCCUCAUUGGUUCACCUGCCGAUGUGUACAGCACUGGCACAAUGACAACAUUCGUAGGCUUCGGUAUAGCCUUAUCUUACAUUGUGGGUCUGUUUACUGUGGUGCCCCUCAUCUACCCACUGCACAUCACCAGCGUCUACGAGUACCUGGAGCUGAGGUUCGAUUCCAAGUGUGUCCGCCUGCUCGUCACCAGCCUGGGCAUGCUGCAAACAUGUCUUUACCUGGCUGUGGCUCUGUAUUCUCCAGCUUUAGCUUUACAGACAGCUGCGGGUCUGCCCCUGUGGGUAUCGGUUGCUAUCGUGGGUGGAAUCUGUACCCUGUACACAGCAGUGGGUGGCAUUAAGAGCGUGGUCUGGACGGAUUUCCUUCAAACGAUAGUUUUCUUUAUAGGCAUCGGCGCUGUCAUCGGUCUGGGCUCACUUCAAAUCGGUGGUAUGACCCAAGCUUUCCACCUGGCUACGGCCGGAAGGAGGAUAGUAUUCAACGAAAUAAACCCGGAUGUUCGUGAGCGUCAUUCCAUGUGGUCCACUCUCAUUGGCAGUUGCUUCAUGUGGUUUUCCAACUGCUUCAGCCAGUCGUCUGUUCAACGCAUCAGCGCCUUGAAGACGCUGACAGAUGCCAAACGAGCUUUUCUUCUGAAUGUGCCGCUCAACGCGCUGUAUUCAGUGUUGCUGAUGGUCACGGGGGUCCUGCUCUACGCCUAUGUCGUCACAAUCGGGUGUGAUCCCUAUGAAGCGGGUAUCAUCGACAACAGAAAUCAGCUCAUGCCACACUUUAUUCCCCACCUGCUGGGCAGUCUGCCAGGCAUGCCUGGGCUGUACAUGUCCUUGCUCUUCAGUGGCGCGCUCAGCACUCUGUCUUCCGGUAUCAACGCCUUGGGUGCCAAUACUGUGGAGGACCUCCUGGCACGACCUCUGAGAGGCUACAAGGAUGCUACUGUCACUGUCAUUGCUAAAUUCAUUGUCCUGCUGUAUGGAGCUGUAACCAUUGGUCUCGCGUACCUUGCACAGUCUUUACGUGGUCCAGUCACACAGCUGGCAUCGUCUGCGUUCGGAGCCUGCGGUGGUCCAGUCAGCGGCAUCUUCUUUAUGGCAGGAAUGGUUCCCUGGGCUAAUAAAUACGGGGCAUUCGGCGGUGGAUUCAUCGGCAUCGUCAUCAACCUGUGGAUCGCUGUUGGUGCCCAGCUGCAUGGCGCCCCUCUACGUACCUUACCCCCGGGGCCGACACACAACUGCUUCGGGAAUAGCAGUCACUUCCCCUCCUUCAGCAAUCUGACAGAGUUCGCGAACACGAGCAUCUCCACUGGCUGGAAUCCCAACACCAAUACCACGAACGCUCUGUUAAAUAACCCAGGAGACACAUUCUCCAUCUACGAUAUAUCUUACUUGUGGCUCGGUCCCAUCGGAUUCAUCGUAACCUUUGUCAUCGGAACUAUCGUCAGCUUCAUUACAGGCCCCACGGACCCCAGCAGCCUCGAUCCAAAACUCGUGUUUCCUUUCACUCGAAGAUUAUUCCGCAUGAAGGAACCUUUACAGAGGGCAGAGGACUUGUCUAAUGUCGUCGCCAUGAAGAACUACCGAGAAUCGUGGGAGACAUUUAAGAAGAAGACCGACAGGCUGGUGGUGAAUGUGGUGACUGAGGAGGGCAAAAUUACAUCUCAGUUAACCACUCCUGACCAACACUCAUUGCUAGUCUCUGUCUCUUGAGUCUGUCUCUCUGUUUGUCGGCCUUUGCCUCUUUUUGUUUGUCUCUUCGUUAUCCUUUCUUACAAUGGUAUCUUUGACGAUGUAAGCAGAAAGAAAGUUUGGAAAGUUGGGAUGUGUGAGUUUGUGCGCGUGUGUACGAGUAAUUUCGAGAUGGGAUAAACUUGAUAUUCAUUAUUAAACAUUAUAAUACCAGACAUACUUGUACAAACAAUCGAACUAAAGCAUCGUGUUGCUUUGCAUAUAUUUCGUUUCUUCUUUGUUCGCGUGAAUAAAUUUUUUUUAAAAACUGUCAAAUUUAGCAAUAUACUAAUUUGUGAUACAUUUGUGGUUGACUCUACCUGUAUAGUAUUUUGACUUUUCUUCUUACUUUAACAAAAGUUUUGUCUGCAGGUAGUGUAAAAAAUGGUGAAUUUUACUUAAUUUCUAAACAACUUUGUUGACACGUUUUUAAAAGUUUGCAACCCUGGAGCUCUCUGUUCUUUUACAAUUUAUAAAUAAAUCGAAUUUGCUUUCACCAAAAACAAA